UUAACCACUUAAAAAAAGGUCUGUUAAGAAAAUAGACUCUGACGGGGUCGAGAGUAGAACCGCGCCGAGUUUAUCCUUGAAGCUACUGAUAGAAGUAAUUAGUUUAGAAUCAACAUCUCCCUGCAUUUGUCGGAGUCCGUGUUUACACUUAGCCAUUCAUAGAACAAUGGAUAAAUUAGAAAUCGAAGGAGACAAAAAGUCUCCUUUGUUGCAAUGGGAAUCGAUACUUUUGAAAAAUUGGAAAUGGAUAUCUCUAGUGUGUAUUAUAAUCGCAGGGGUCACAAUUCUCGUCAUUCUGGUAUUAGCCAUAUAUUUUUGUGUGUUAAUUUUUACACCGAAGGAACCGAGGGGCAUUUUCCUGCCGAAAACCAUCAUUCCACACCACUACCGAUUGGAAAUUCAACCGCAUUUGGGACCCGACAAUUUUAAGUUCAAUGGAAGUGUAAAUAUCAAUUUUGCUUGCAUAGAAAGUACAGACACGGUUAUCUUUCAUUCCAAAGGCUUAUCUCUAAGUUUGGACCGGAUUAAAAUUCGAAGCGAAAUUGGAAACGAUUUAAAAAUAUUAAGAAUGGAUUAUGAUGAUGAAAUCGACUUUGUAAUUUUGACUUUAUUAGAAAACUUGUCCUUAGGAAGUUACAGUUUGUUUAUAGAAUUCGAGGGUGUAUUACAAGAAGAACUGCAUGGAUUUUAUUAUUAUUCCUACGACGAUAAUGACGAUAACAUCACCGAAUAUGCAGCAUUAACCCAGUUUGAAGCACUUCACGCUCGAGAAGCCUUUCCUUGUUUCGACGAACCCUCACUGAAAGCUACGUUCGAUAUAACGAUAGUCAGAUGGUGGAAUAUGACUGCCCUCUCUAAUAUGCCUAUUAUUAGAUCGGAAAUGAGGGGAAACGAAUGGAUGGCUGAUGUCUUCAAAAGAUCUAUGAAAAUGUCGACUUAUUUGGUAGCAUUUGUAAUCGGGAACUUUACGAAAAAUGGAGAUGGAAGGAUAACAAUCUGGGCCUCUCCCAGUACAAUUGGGAGAACGGAUUACGCUUUGGAAAUAUCAAACGUAAUAUUAACAUUUUUCGAACGUUUAUUUCAUAUGCCUUACGCCGCUCCAAAAUUAGAUAUGGUAUUAGCUAAAAGUUUCCAAGUCAGUGGAAUGGAAAAUUGGGGAUUAAUUAUAUACGCUGAAUACGCAAUUCUCUUUGAAGAAGAAAAAGACGAUUAUGAUAAAAAAGACAGUAUCAUGAGGCUCGUAGCACACGAAAUUGCUCAUCAGUGGUUUGGAAAUCUUGUGACGAUGAAAUGGUGGGACGAUAUAUGGUUAAACGAAGGAUUGACAAAUUACAUGGAAUAUGUGGCCUACGAAUCCAUUUAUCCCGAAUGGAAUAAGAUAGACACCGCAAUUUACAGUAAUUUUUAUGCUUUUAACAUUUUCGACAAUUCCGUAGCCAAAAAAGUGGAAUCGAGAAAAGAUUUAGUGAACAUGGAUUCAGUAUUCGAUGAUACUACGUAUGAAAAGGGUUCAUUUGUAAUCCGAAUGGUCCAUCAUAUCUUAGGAAACGAAACAUUUUGGAAGGGUAUAAAUAAUUACCUGACUGCCAAUUCUUAUAGUAACGUGGAAGAAUAUACGUUAUGGAAAUAUUUAACAGAAGCACAAAAUAUCAACUCUAAAAUCAAUUUAUCGGAGGUGAUGACUCCUUGGGUGCAUCAUAAGAGUUUCCCCGUUAUUUCCGUCACUAGAGAUUACGAGAAGCACAAUGCACUUAUUAUUCAGUCUUCUGCAUCUUCCGAGAAUCAUGAGAAUUUAUGGUCAAUUCCUAUAUAUUACGCAACCGGAAAUAUUUCAAACUGGAAUCGUGAAAUAAAGUUAUGGAUGAAUUCAAAAAAUGUUACAAUAAGGAACAUCUUGAAAAAUGACGAAUGGCUUUACGUAGACGGAACUGGUCUGAGUUACUCUUUAAUUAAUUACGACCGCAAAAACUGGAAAUUGUUAGCUAAACAAUUACAGGAAAACCAUCAGGUGUUUUCAUAUACUCAACGCUUCAAACUUUUAUCGGAUGCAUUAGCUUUAUACAGUUUGAAUCAAACAGUUUGUGACACUGUCUUGGAUUUAUAUUUAUAUUUGCCAAAAGAAGAAAUACAAUUUUUAACAGGAAGUGAUACAAUUAAUAUAAUAUAUGAUAUCAAUAAUAUUCUUCCAGAUAACCUAAUGGAAGAUUGGAAGAACUUUUUAUUGUAUAUGUUAAUACCUGUCUACGAAAAGCUAAAUUUAGAAGAUAUGGACAAAUAUACAAUAGGAUAUAAGAGAAUCGAUCCUCGAGAAAGUAGACUCAUGGCCGCAGUUUGUGAUCUAGGAUAUCCACCUUGCAUAGAAGAAGCAAAUAGAAAAUAUAAUAUAUGGAAAGCGAGGAGAGAUAAUGGAACAGAAAUAUCUUCGUUAAUAAAGUCUUUCGUACUUUGCAUCGGAAUAAAAGAAGGAGAUGAAAAGGAUUGGAAUUAUUUAUAUGACAUAUAUUUGAAUAGCAAAGAAUUCGAGUUUUUUAUAUUAGAUGCCCUUUUAUGUACUCCUAAUGAACAUCUCAGAAAAAGAGUUCUCAACGUGACUAAAGACGCAGAACAAUUAAUUGGCAUAUUCUGGGCUGCUAUAGAUUUUAGAGACACUUGGACGGAUCUGACUCGAAUAUAUGAUGAAAUUCUCGUUGAUUUAAUGGAAACUGAUCAACACAAAGCUAAAUUACUCACAAAGAUAUUGUGUACCAACGACGAGAUGUUCAAAAAGGUGGAAUCAAUUAUAGAAAUUCGUUUAAAAGAAAUUAAUAAUGUAAAGCAAAUAGAAACGUUUAACGAACUUUUGAGAGAAGCAAGAAAAAUCCGAGAAAGUAAAAAGCUAUUUGGAGAAUGCGUGGAAAAUUGGCUGAAAGAGAAAAAAUGGCAAUAAUCCGUUGCCAUCAUUCAAUAUUUUUUUUUUUAAAAAAAGAAGUUCUUUUAUAUUUUCAAUAGAUUCUGAGGUCUUUAUAAGAUAAAGACCUGAGGUCUUUAUCUUAUAAGAUAAAAUUAAGGUUUGCAAUAAUUUGGCUUUUAGGUUAAUGAAAUGUUUAAAAAUAAUCGUAAAUUCAUAAGAAACUCGAGUUCGGAAUAAUUGUGAAAUCGUUACGUUUCAAAUAUUUACUUUUAUUUAUCAAUACUUGUUUGCAAUUUAUUAUAAAAUGGUGAUUAUAAGAGUAGAAUUCCUCCCAAAAAAAAUUAUUCGUGUUAAAGGAAUUUGAUAGUUUUCCUUAAAUAUUCUCUGCUAUACACAUUAAACGCAUUGACAUUAGACUAUUAAAUAUAUUGCGUCUGCAGCUGUUAUACUAUUGUGCCCUUAGAGACCAAAAACUUGCGAGUCAAAAAUAGCAAAUAAUUCUCAUACUACAACUAUUGCAUAAUUUCCUAUAAAUAUUUCUAAUUAAAAUAUACAGUUAAAUAUAAGAAGAUUUACUAAAAUUAUUAAAUAAUUAAUGAAAGUUUCAUCUGCAAAUGUAAGAUACAUUAUUGUAUCUUUUCAUUCCAGUAAUCAGUAGAGCUUCUCAGAAAUAGCUUAUACAGUAUAAUCAAGUGUAACUUUGCAACUCUUGAUGCCACAUUAAUAGGUUUCAUUGAAAUUCAGCAAAUAAUAAAAAAUGGUUAAACAGGAGGAAAUAGCAAAUAUAUGGUAGAUUUCUGCGUAAUAGAAACGGCUCAUAAAACUUCCAAAUAAUACAUAGUGGACGAUAUAAUUCACUGCGAAAAUCAACUGAAAUUAGUAGUUAACGAGGAUGAACUGUCAAAAGAUAAGAAGGAGUCAUGUAGAUAAAAUUAAAUUAAUUUUAAAAUUUGUAUAAUCACACUAGCUUAUUUAUGUUGUUUUAAGGAUUUGAUUACAUCGUAAGUAGACAUAGACAAUAAGAUUUACAAAAACUGUUCAAAAGCCAUUAGAAAAAUACAGGGUGAUUCAAAAGCCAUAGAAAAGUUUAAAAAAUUAAUAAUUUACAAAUUAUUUACAGUAAGAUGAUGCAGUUUUCACAGAAAUGCUUAGAAAGA